ACUUUGCAAAAAAAUACUCUCCGCAUAGUUUGAUGUAAAAGGUAAACCGAGCCCUUCGGACACGACACUAAUUAAGAUUAACAAAUAAUUUUUGAUUUUCAACUCUGAAUUAAUAAUCUGUUGAUGUAGAAGUUUUGCCGAGCCUCACUGGUACCAAAGCAACCAUACACUAUUUGGUAAAAAAAUUUCACUCUCUAUUUCUCAAACUGUGCGGUCCUUCAAGGAGCCGGCACAACUUUUGCCUCAAACUGUCGAUUUUUUAACACUAAACCAACAAUUGUUUGGCGAUUGAUAGAAACAAGCACUAACCCCAUGCAUGGGAAACGGUUUAAUCGUAAUGCGCAAACUUUCUUGAAUCUCUGCGAUUUUUUUGUUUGCGCAAAUAACUUUCUUGGGCCAAAUUUAGUUUAGGAAAUUAAGCAUUUGUCCCAGUUCUCACUUUGCUUUUUGCACCUGCGUUUUGUCCUUCAUUUUCUUAAUAAUUUACUUUAAAACAAGCCCAGUUAAAUCAAAGCCAGUAAUUUAAUUGAAACAUUUAGACUUAUAAGCAUUCACAUCACUAUUCUGGAAAAUCGGUGAAUCCAACAAAUUCAAAAAACGCUCUAGUCAGUAGUAUAUUUUUGUACGUGUUAUAUUAUCUAGUAUAUUAAUUUGAAAUUAUAAAUUGGGAGCUUUUAACUUUAGCAUUCCAUCGCUAAAAAUCGUAUUCAAUUUGAUCUGAUUCUCUAAGGCACGAAUUCUUAGUCACCCAAAUAACUGCCUCGGCAGGCUUUAAAUGCAUGAAAUAACACAAACCAAAUAUCGACAUUGGCCGAAAUUGAAUGAAACAUAUUCUACUUAGGCAAAAGUACACGUUAUUGUUCAAGACGUGAUUGCAUUAAUUAAUUUUCGGCACAAGCAUGCUCUAGUAUUUUUUUUGAGUCCAUUUGGCGACAAAGAGUUCGAUACUUCACACGAGUGCAAUAUGAGCGGUCUGAAUUGUUUUCUGCUUGCAAUUCCCCUAUGCAACCUACUGGUGUUGUGCAGUGCUGAAGAUAAUCGAAGUGCUUUAGACGAUAGGAAGAAUGGAGCCGAAUUUGUGGGGAGAAUGAUUGAAGAAGGUCGUACCCUCGUUCAUCAUGCAAUGAAACGUUUCAUGAUCAUACUACCGGCUAUUUUUUUUAAAUUGGGGAUUGCGUUCACGUUACUGCUACUCGUCACUAUCGUGGCCAUUAAUAACGGCUUCAUCGGCUUCCUCCUCUUGGUGGUGGGUUUAAGCAGCGUUCUAGCUCGACUCCAAGAGGCCCGAAGGCCAGCCGCAGCUCCUUACAUAGCACCAUUGUCUCCAUAUUACCAUCAUGCCCAUAUUCUAGAUAGAAGCGACAGCACAGGGGAGAAAAGUACUGCUGAAAGUUCCAUCCAGCCUACGUCUGCCUACCAACAGUAUUAUGCCAACAGGCCAUAUUCUGGAUACGGUCAGUACUAUUACGGAUCUAAGUCAGCUUAAACAAGCGUAAUUCGAGCAUUGAGUGUUGAGCAUUUAAUUAACUUUUUGGGUAAAUAGAUGCAUCUAUAUUGAA